AUGGGUACUUUGCGACAACAAUCGAUUUUACAAGGUCAGCAAACUGAAAGGAAUCAAAAGAAAAAUUUAUUACACGAAUUGUUUAGUAGUACAGCAAGAUCUCAUCCGAAUCAAGUGGCAAUAUAUUACGAAGAUGACACCGGAAAGGAAUAUGAACUGUCUUUUAAAGAAUUGGAUAACAUCACCAAUCAGUUAGCACGAGCUAUGCAAAAGCUUUAUAAAAAAUUUGAAAUGACUUCUCAGUCAUUAAUAGGUGUCUGCAUGGAACCAUCACAUCGCCUUUUAACUAUAUUACUUAGUAUAUUAAAGACAGGGAUGGCUUAUCUACCUUUAGAUAAGGAAUUUCUGAUAUCUAGAACAAAACACAUUCUCGAGGAAGCGCAACCAUUAAUAGUACUGAUUGAAGAAGGAGUAGAUUUAUCAAUUUAUGAGGGAGGUUUGAUCAUGACGUAUAAACAACUUUUGAAAGAAGCCAGACAAGAACAAGAAUAUGCAUUACAAACCAAAACAGAUUCAAAUGAACUCGCAAUCGUUCUUUAUACUUCCGGAAGUUCAGGAGUUCCUAAAGGAGUGCUUAUAUCACAUGCUACUGUAUUGAAUCGUCUACAAUGGCAAUGGAGUGAAUUUCCAUAUACUGAUGAUGAAAAACGAUGUGUUUUCAAAACUUCCCUUACUUUCGCUGACAGUAUUGCCGAAAUUUGGGGACCUCUUUUACAAAGUCGAACUCUAGUAAUUGUGCCGAAAUGUGUGACUAAAAAUCCAGAAAAGUUUAUACCGCUUUUAGAAAAGCAUCAGGUACAACGUUUAGUUCUCGUGCCAUCGUUACUGCGUUCGUUGCUCAUGUAUUUAAAUUUACAAAAUAAUGACAACGUUCUUGAUCAUUUGAAACUGUGGAUCUGUUCCGGGGAAACUUUGUCAGUAGCUUUGGCAGACCAAUUUUUUACCACGUUUAACGAUAAGAAUAAAAUAUUAGCUAAUUUCUACGGUAGUACAGAAGUCAUGGCCGAUGUUACAUAUUAUCUAUUAAGCAAACGGACGCAAUUACAAGGAAUGAAGAAAGUGCCAAUCGGAAAACCGAUCGAUAACUGCAUAAUUUAUCUUGUAAACAAGGACAUGCAAGUGGUUCCCCAAGGGGAAAUCGGAGAGUUGAUCGUGGCUGGAAGAAACCUGGCUGAGGGUUAUAUAUGUGAACAAGACACACAUAAAUUUUUAGACAAUCCUUAUACUAUCGAUUCAGAAUAUUCGAGAAUCUUUUGUACGGGAGAUUACGCUAAAAUAAUCAAAGAAUCGAUAAUUUAUGAAGGACGAGUGGAUUCACAGAUUAAAAUUAGGGGUCACCGUGUCGAUCUUACGGAAAUUGAAAAAGUUAUCGCCAGAAUACCCGAUAUCGAUAACGUUGUGGUUCUUUGUUACAAACCAGGCGAACUAUCUCAAAUAUUACUAGCCUUUGUUACCAUCAUGAAUGAUACGACUCUAUCUAACUACGAGAUCGAAGAUUUUCUUCAGCAAAUGUUACCACCAUAUAUGUUACCAAAAAUUUUUAUUGUUGAUUACAUACCUCUUCUAGUCAAUGGAAAAACAGAUCGACAAACAUUGUUAAAAAAAUAUGAAUUAUCUUACUUUAAUGACGAAGACGAUGCGUCUUGCGAUUACAGUGACGUGCCAAGUCAAGAUCUUGUAAAAGCUCGUGUCCUCUUUCCGACUAUCGCAUCCGUAAUCGGAUGUAGUAAUCGCGCGUUAGUAACGCUAUACGCGAAUUUUUACGAACUUGGCGGAAAUUCUUUAAAUUCCAUUUAUACAGUGACCAAGUUAAGAGAUCAAGGUUAUCAAAUCGGUAUCACGGAUUUUAUUACGGCGAAAAAUCUAGCCGAUGUACUAAAUCGAAUGAAAUUCAUAUCAUCCAAUGAAGAACCUCUGAAAGAAGUUAUCGACCGAAAGCCAUACGUUUUUGAAUCAUUAAGUGACUGCCAUAAAGAAGACGCAAUCGAGAUAAUCGCAGAGAGCUUUUAUUCAAAAGGCGAUUUGGAACAGUGGUUAUUACCGGACCUAACGAAAAGCGAUGUACGAGAAACAGUGGAGGUCGCAUGGAAUUGUUAUCUAGAGCAGAACCUUAGUUUUGUGAUGAAAUCAACGCAGAAUGGCAAAAUAAUCGGGGUUACUCUUAACGCUAAUCUUUGGAAUCAGCCUGUAGUGGUGGUGAAGUCUAAAGCAAUGAUCCUUAUUGAUUUUCUUGAACAUCUAGAGGGGCCGAUAAAGAAGUACAAAUUACCAAAGGAUAAAGGUCGAAUUCUUUAUACAAGCAUUACAGGAACAAACAGCGAUUUGAAUCCUGCGGAGAACGUGCUUGCAAUAAGAUAUAUGGAAGAAUACUGUUUGCAGUUCGCCAAACAAACAGAGUACUCCGGAAUUUUUACUACAAACACUAGUCCGCUCACACAGCAACUUGGUAUAGAUGUGCUCGGUUAUGAAACCAUACAAGUAUAUCAAGUGAAUAAAUACGAGACAUCUAAUGGAAAUAAACCUUUUGGCAAAGCUCCUAAUAGCCAAGUGGUAAUUUGCGCAUUGAAAAUGUUCAAUUAA